AUGUCUAAAAUACACCCCAUACUCUCAGGAGAGGAAAUAAUCGAGCAAACUUUAUCGAAUAAACUAUUUUACAAUAAUACUCAAAAUGUUGAAGAACCUAAAAUUAACGCUUUAUUAUCUAAUUCUGAUGAACAAUUAUUAGCAGAGAUAGGAUACAAGCCAGAACUAAAGAGGCACUUCUCAUUGUUUCAAGUAUUCGGUAUAUCUUUUAGUAUAAUGGCUAUAUUACCGCUGAUUCUGAGUAUUCUAGCUGAUGGGUUAACUGGUGGACCUGCUGGUUGUUUUUGGGGAUGGGUGAUUUCUUCAAUUUUUAUUCUUACAAUCGGAAUUUCCAUGUCAGAGAAUGGAAGUUCGCAACCAACAUCCGGAGGCUUGUAUUACUGGACUAAUUUCUAUGCUCCAAAGCGAGCCAAAACAGUUAUAUCUUAUUUAAUAGGAAAUACCAAUUCAAUUGCAUUGAUUGGCGGUUUAUGUUCUGUUGACUAUGGUUUUGCACAAGAAAUAUUGAGUGUAAUUGUGAUAGCAACAGAUGGUGAUUUCAAUGUAACUGCUGCUAAGACCUAUGGGGUAUUUGUUGCUUGUGUUUUAUCACAUAUAAUACUUACUUGUGCUUCAUCAAAAAAUUGUGCCUGGUUACAGACAACGCUGGUUAUUUUGAAUACCACUAUUGUUGUCAUAUUUUUGAUUGCUCUACCAAUCGGUGCUAAAGGAAACUUCAAAAGCGCAAGUUAUGUUUUUACAGAAUUUAAUAACUUUUCUGAUUGGCCGUCUGGUUGGACCCAGAUAUCAUCAACAUGGUUACUGGGAAUAUGGACACUUGGUGCUUUUGACUCGGUAAUCCAUAUGUCGGAAGAAAUUCCUCUGGCAUCGACUGCUAUUCCAGUUGGGAUAAUAGGUUCCUUGUCAGCCUGUAUUAUUUUGGGAAUUAUUGUAAUGCUUGUCACUCUAUUUUGUAUACAAACAAAUGAUAUUGAAGGCCAUAUUAUUGGUUCGAAGUUUGGUCAACCGAUGGCUCAAAUCAUUUACGAUUGUUUGGGGAAGAAAUGGGCAAUAUCAUUUAUGAUACUAAUUGCAUUAGGCCAAUUUCUAAUGGGAGCAUCAAUUUUAACGGCUAUAUCCCGUCAAAUCUGGGCAUUUUCUAGAGACAAUGGAUUACCAUUUUCUUUUUGGAUUAAAAAAGUCAAUGUAAAGUUGUCUGUCCCAAUUAGAGCUGUCUGUUUCGGGGGUUUUAUGGCUAUUUUGAUAGGCUUACUAUGUUUAAUUGGAUCCACGGCUGCAAACGCUUUAUUUACUUUAUACAUUGCUGGUAAUUAUGUCGCUUGGGGAACUCCAACUUUCUUGAGGUUGACUUUUGGUAGAUCAAAGUUUCAGCCAGGGAAGUUUUACUUAGGAAAGUUUUUCUCGCCGCUUAUUGGUUGGACUUCAACCGCAUUUAUCCUAUACACUGUCGUGAUGGUAAUGCUUCCAUCCACCAGACAACCAGAUAAAGAAACAAUGAACUAUACUUGUGUUAUUACCCCUAGUGUUUGGAUCUUGUCAUUAAUCUAUUAUAAAUUAUAUGCCCAUAAGUAUUAUCAUGGCCCACAAAAGACUGUCGAUGUUUCAGAUUAUGCGAAUGAAAAACAUAUGGAACAGAUUUAUACGAUCCUAGAUGGGGUUGAUGUAGAUUCUGGUAAAAAAUCUAUGACGUACGAAAAAGUUUGA